GACCCGAGUAGGCUACCCGAGUCGCUACUACUCAAUCAAGGCAGGUGCUGUGCUCACGAAGUGAUUGCCUUCUUGAAGAAUAAUUUCUCGUUGAUUUGCAUAUAUUUGGGUCUUCAGAAAAAGAGUGAAACAUGGCGUGGCUAGAUUUGAUCCGAGAAAAGUGUAAGCUGACCGAUGAAUCAGAGCAGUACCUCCAGUCGAAACUGAUUCAGAGCUUUGGCCAGUCAAUGUCAAAAGAAGAGCACCAGGCCUUGCAUGAAGAGCUUAACUCCAGCUUUGACUUUGAAUUUGAGGGAAGGGUCACUGAGUUCAAAGUUCCCUCUUUGGAUGUGCCAGAUGGUAUUCCAAUAGAUGUCAUUAAGCCAAAAGGGUGUCCCCGAAAACCAGGCAUCCUCGUUUAUUUUCAUGGAGGGGGCAACAAGUUUGGGUCUCGGAAGACUUCAGAGCUCAUGUGCAAGCUGCUUGCCAGCGAGCUCAAGUGUGUCCUAGUCAAUGUGGAGUAUCGCCUGGCCCCAGACCACAAGUUCCCUGCCAUGUUUGAUGAUGGCAAAUCAGUGACAAGAUGGGUUCUCAUGAAUAAACCUCUGAUAGGUGCCGAGAAUGACAGUAAAGUUGGAGUCAUGGGAUCAAGUGCUGGUGGUGGUAUUGCUGCUACUGUCGCAUUUGAGGUCCCCACUGUUGACUUCCAGAUUCUAGUGUAUCCCCUGCUUGACUGGCGCUCGGACGGGGAGAGUUAUGCAGAGGAGAGCCCUGUGCUGAUGGCUCAGAUGGAGAAGUUGUUGGAGAGCUGCAUCCAGUCUGAGGAGGACAAGGCCAAUGUGAGGGCCUCCCCUUUACUUCAGAAGAAUUUCUCAAAACUUCCCCCAACUCUGAUCCUGAUUGCGGAGGCCGAUCCCCUCAAGGAGUCCAAUUAUGCAUAUAAAUCCAAAUUGAAGGCAGCGAAUAUUCCGUGUGACAGCAAACUGUUGAAAGGAACAGUGCAUGGUUUCUUUUCUUUGCCUGGUGUGUUUAAAGAGGCCAACAGUCAAGCCAGGCAGGUCAUGAUGAAGUUCUUCCAGAAGAAUGAUGCUGGGACCGUCCAUCAAGGGACUGGGCUGUCUUCAUCCUCCAUCCCCAUUGCUAAAGAAGCCAAAGGGGCAACCUUGAAGUGGACUGGUUAUGCUGUCCUGUUUUUGGGACAAAACAUGGAUCUCAUUGAACAUUUAAAAUCCAAGUAUAAAGUGUCUUCCGAGACGGAGGCAUAUCUGCAGUCACAAAUGAAAUCGAUUGGCGAGUUGCAAAACAAUGAUCAAGAAAAGCUUGACAAAGGAGAGAAUGACAAUGUACAGGAAAACUUUGACAGCAAAAUUUCUGCAGAUUUUGAUGGAAGUGUGAAGCAGUUUUCUGUUCCGUCUGCAGCCCUCCCAGAUGGUGUGCCCAUUGAUGUCAUCAAACCUAAAGAUGCUGCCCGGAGACCUGGAAUCCUUGUCAACUUUCAUGGCGGUGGAACUGCUGGGGGAUCUUGUAAAUCGGCUGAGGCCAUGUGCAAGCUCCUUGCCAGGGAGCUGAAGUGCAUUGUGGUGAACGUUGAGUACAGGCAUGGUCCCAAAUACAAGUUUCCUGCCAUGUUUGAUGACGGCAAGGCAGUAGUCAGAUGGAUACACAUGAACAAAUCUCUAGUUGGUGGGGAAAAUGACAGCAAAAUCGGUGUCAUUGGAUCCAAUGCUGGUGGAGGAAUUGCUGCCACAUGUGCCUUUGAGAUACCUGUAGUUGACUAUCAGAUUCUGGUGUACCCCCUGGUGGACUGGAGAUGUCAGGACCCAUCCUAUGAGGAGUUUGAGUUUCCAGGGAGUUGCAUGAACUUUGCCGAGAUGGCCAGGAAGAUUGUAGAUGGAAGCAUCAGCAGCGAGGCUGACAGAACUAACCCCCGUGCUUCACCGCUACUGCAGAAUGACUUUUCCCGUCUGCCACCUACACUACUUUUCAUCGCAGAAAUCGACCAUUUCAAACAUUCAAACUAUGAGUUCAAGGGCAAGCUGAAGGCUGCCAAUGUAGACUGUGAGAGUAAACUGAUGAGGGGUGCCAUGCAUGGGUUCUUCUCUCUUCCUGGUAUGUUUCAAGAGGCCAACCAGCGGGCUAGAGACAUCAUAGCGCAGUUUUUCAAGAAGCAUGGAGUCUCUUAAUGACAGUGAAUGUUGUGGCGAACGUUAGCUCCACUGACCGUACAAGAGACUUAGUUUUGUGAUGCUGAGACUGUGACAUGCAGACUGUCAACUUGGGUUGUUUAUUAAAUGUAGGUCAACAAAUUACUGAGGAUGAGCAUAACAUUUGUUUUUCGGUAUUUAUACGAACAUUUUUGAUGUUUCUUUUAUUGUCAAUGAAUGAAAGUCCCCCCCCCCCCCCCCCCCCCCUCUCCGAAUACUACACAUCUUGAUAUCCAGCCUAUAACAUCAUGGAUGUAGACACUUUGCAACCUUGUUACUUAACUUGGCAUAGAUGUUUAUUAUGUAUUACUUUUUCUAUAAAGAAUUGUUCAUAGAAGUCGUUUUUUUUGUUGCAAUUUGGUAGUGGGAAAAAUGACAGUUGAGGGUUAGUGCUUAGUUGGUACUGCUGCUAUACAACCUGCAGAAUUCCUUUUUAUUUGUUAUUCCUGCUUGUUUUCCUCCACACUGUUUGACAUUCACUUUGUUGAUGUGCUAUAUUCAGUUUCUGCCUGCGAGUUUAUCACACAAGUCAUUCUGAGAAUACAGUCUUUUUUGUCUUUCUCUUUGAAUAAUUUCUUUUAUGUAUAGUAGCACCCUUUUUUUCUUUUUUUCUAUUCAUAUUCAUUGGCUAUUUAGCCUGAGGCUUCUUUUUUUCCCACUUCGAAAUGAUUGCCCUAUACCUGUAGACUUUUUCUUCUCUUCAACCUUAACAAAUUACUUAGGUACAUCGUAAGUGGUGAACAUGGGAUGACUUCAUGUUUGAUAUAUUGUUUUUUUCUCUUGUCCAUCAAUAUUCAGUUCAAACCCGAAAGAAAUUGAUGAGAUUCUCCACUUCAAGAAAUCUUGAUUGUGUCUCUGAAUGUUUUUAUAUUCUGAAACUUGUAUUGGAUGCGUUCAAUGAAAGCCUGACUUUAUUCUCGUUGCUUGUCAUUUUUAAUAUUUUUUUGGUUUUUUGCUCGCAAAGUCACUUAAGAUAGUUUUGCCGUCAAUGACAUAAUUUGGUCCUUACUAUAAGGUAGUAGAAUUCUCUCUGAUACUAAGGUUGAUGAAGUUUGUAGGAAGAAAACAGCGGAAGUGUUUAUAACUGUUACAUUACUAUAAAUGGUGCUGUUUUUUUUAUUUUGUUGGUAACUAUUCUAAGUCAUGUUGUUUUUAAAUUUUUUAAAAUGAAACAGUAGCGUGCCGUUUUUAAAAAUGCAGACUGAUGCAUCUCAGUGGUGUGAGAUUCAAUGAUUAUUUUGACGGUGGGUGAGAUUAUUCUUUUUUUGAUAUGUCUUUAUUCUACGGAUUUUGCUUCACUGGAGUUUUUUGAAAACGGGUUAGUUUUUGAACGCCAUCAUAUUCUGCAUGUGAUGUCAAUACAGCCUAGCAUGCAUGUUGUGAAACACACAGACAUAGUGGACAGGUUUUCAGGUCCUGUAUUUUUUCUUGUACAUGUACAUUCUUUGUAUUUAGCUCAUACAUAGUGAAAUUUGUACGUUACAAAAAGAUUUUCGCUUCCCGCCAAUUUCUCUUUGUGCAUGCCAGACUGUAUUUCCUCCUGCUAACAGUCCAGUUAGUGCCAGACAUCUUGUGAGUUUCACAUGACUUUCCUUAUUAUUAUAAUAAUUGUCAGUGAUAACCAGGAACUGCCUGUGUCUGCUGUGAAUGUCAAAGUUACUGAGAUAAGGUCACAAUAACUCUUCCUUGGCUUCAAACAUCUAACAGCAGUCAAAAUGAAUGGUGUGUCUGACUGCAGUCAUAACAGAUGGUGUGUUUGAAUGCAGUCAUAAGGAAAAGUGUCUCUAACUGCAGUCAAAAUGAAUGGUGUGUAUGGCUGCAGUAAUAAUAGAUGAUGUGAAUGGCUGCUGUCGUAAUGUGUGAUGUUUCUCAAAGAAUUCCUGGAAUUCUGGAAUACCCCUGAAGUUUUUCUUGGCUCUGUUUUAUGUUAACCCUAUCCGUACAUUGUGUUUUACUAUCGUAUCCUUACAACGUUUGGAACUCUGCUACCACUUUCCAAAGAGGAAAUUACUCGUUAAUCCGAUCCGUACGCUUUGCAUAGCUGUCUGUCAAAAUGAUUUUUUGAGAAAUACUGAAAGUUUCAAAGAGAUUCUCGUACUAGAAGCAUUCUAAAAUGUGAAGAAUACAACCCUGGGGGUUCAAAAUGACCCCUGGGCAUACGGAACACAAUAUUGAACAUUUAAAUGAUGGUGUAAACCUUGGUCCCUAAUCAGGGCUCCUGGCUGACAUGGUGGUGAAAACAUUUAAAAAAUGGAAAGAGAACUAUUGGGUUGUUUAACUUUCAAAUCCUCAAUUUUAAUUGUUGGCCAAGAUUAUAACCAACUGCCCCUAUGGAGCUGACAACUUGGGUACAGUCUGCUGUAUUUGUAUUUUUUCAUACUUUUUACAUGUUUCUACUGAUCACAAAGUUAUCAGAAAUGAUAUUGUAGUUUUCUUGCCUUUUUGUUCCUGAGUUAGUGCAAUCAUUUUUUGGGGUUUACUUAUUUUAUAGAAUUGUUUUAUUGCAAUCAACUGUUUUCAUAUCUGUGCAAUCAGUCACUGUUGAGAAAUCCAUUUAACACAGAUAUUUUAUAUUUGAACUUCAGCAGAAAUAUUGAACACAGAAAGAUUACACAGAAGAUAUCAAGACAGUCUUGAUACAGGCUAGUCGUGUGCUGUGCACUUUCAUUCUAUUUGUUGUUGCUCAUUUUAGAAGAUAUUUUUAGGGAGAUGUGAGAUUUUCUAAUUUUCUCGUCUACGUGCAACAAAGACUUUGUUUUAACAUUAUUCAUAGUGUUCAGCUAGAGCAGAUAAUGUUGGGUCUUUUUAUUUGUUGUAUGGAAUACAAUUAUUGCUCAAUUCUGGCAUUUAAAAAAAUCUGUGCUGUCAGUUUGUGCCAAGUUUGUUUUUGAAGUAUUGUUGAUUUUAUUGUGUUUUACAGUGUUGCAGUAUCCUACUUAUAUAUGCAAUGAAUCAUCAAAACAGUCAAGUUGUCAGUUCUUGUUCUUGAAGUCUUUAUUGAACUUGGACAAGUUUUCUUAAGCAUCAUAUAGAUUUGUCAGAAGAAUAAACUACAUGGUAACUUGUGAUGUCAUCAACACAUUGCCUUUUGUGUUUGUGGAUGAUGAUGGGAAAAGGAUGUCGGCGAUUGAAUUGAGACAAGCAUUAUUACAUCAGGAAGAGAGGCAGAAAUAAGUAUCAAGCGAUUAUCAGAAAUGUAACCGGCUGAGAGAAAAAUAUUCUAGAAAUAAUGAGAAAAGUUGUGCCCCACUCGGGUUCAGACUACAGCUGUCACUGCUGUGUUAAAUUUGUGGUCACUUAUGCUGCUGCGGCUGAUGGGUGUAAGUACCAGUAUGGGAAGUUGAAAAAUGGCAAUAGUGAAAUUUUGGAUGCUGCUUAAUGUGGUUUCGUUUCAUGCUCAAGCGAUAGACAACAUUUUUUUGAGGCAUUGCUCUUAAAACCCAUUAAAUAUUGGUAUGUAAUUAUUCAUAGGCAUCAUCGCCAUGGUAACCUUGGGUAUUUUUCUUUUGAAACGGCACCCUACUUGUUGCUUUGGAUGUUAUUAUUUAUUGAGCAAACUUGCAGCUGCAGUUUUUUGUGCCAUUUUGUGUUUUUUGCACCUUUGUUGAUGUGGGACCAGAUUCUUGGAAAUUCUGGAGCGUAAUAGAUUUCUGGAGAUUCAAUGCUUAACUGCUAAUUUUGCUGAGCUUUUUUAUCUUGAAGAUUUUUCUCAUUAUAUUUUAAUUGCUGAUGUUGGUGUUUUCCCCCUUUUUUAUGUUUUUUAAAACUUGUUUCAGCUUAAUGUAUGGGCCAGUGGUGAAGUUAUGUUGUCCAGUAUUUUUGGCUGGGGGAUGUUAUUUGCUGUUAUGGAAAUCAGGUUGAUAUGCUUUUCUUUCUCUCCUGAACAUAUGAGUAGGGUUAUGGAGAACAGUAGUAGAAAGUUGUAGUUUUUACCCUUUUUUGUCUGUUUUCAUGCUUUUUAAAGCGGAUAUAUUAUUUGUGUAUGUCUUGCAACACCUCACAGUGAGAUAUAGUUCAAAAUUGUGGCUCAGGUGUUCUCAUUAUGAGCUGUGGUUUGUUGUAUGACCAUCAUUGUUUGUGGACCUCUCUGUGGUCUGCCUGGGGAAGAUAGAGAAAAUUACUGGAGUUGUACAUGAGUUAUAUUGGUUUCUAAUGUAGUGAGUUGUUGUUUCUUGAAGACUUCAGUGAAUGUUGGCUCUCUCUCUCUCACUCUCUGUCAGGGAUGAUUUGUAAAGAGUUCCACCAAGUGUCAGUGGGUUUGUGUGAUUACAUUUUCCAGUAGUUCCUUGUUGGCAUAUUUUUGUCAGUGGGUUCAUAUGAUUACAUUUUCUAAUAGUCCACUGUUGGUAUUUUUGAUUGGGGACAUCAUCUUCUUUAAGCCUCUGGUGUUUCUCUCAUAUAAACCUUUGUUUGUCUUAAUUCUCUUGUUCUGUCUCUCAUCAUUGUUUAGUUUUGUUUCUUUCUUUUUCACUCAUGUAUAGAGUUUUGAUUGCCAAUACAUGUACUUAUUAUAUCUUUGAACCUCAAACUUUUCUCUUGUCUGAUUGUCUGUAUAUUUCUGAUUUUCACCAAGUGAAGAUUUUCCCAUAGCUGUAUUCCUAUAUAUGCAUUGUACUGUUUUGCAAGUGAAUCAAUACUGGUGUGUGACCUUUUCUGUAUUUGUAGUAAUGACAAUGAGAACUAGUAGCCGAUUAUAGAAUCUGUGUAUAGAUAUUUACUAUUGCUGCCUUUGCUUCUCAUCAUUUGCCUUGAUAUUCACUGAUUUCAUAUUAACCAAGAUGUUUUCAUAUAAGCUUGUACAUGACACUCUAUACUUUUGUUCUGUAAGCUAUUACUGUUGGUUUUUUUUCCAUCAUUUUCUAGGAUACAAAUUCGUCCAUGUAUUAUAAAUUAUACAUAUUAUACUUGAUUAUUCAACUAUUUAGAGCCUCCAUAAAUAGAUUUACAUGAGGCACAGGUGACAAAAGCAAAUAUAUUACUCUAUUAGGAAGACAUAUUAUAAUACAAGUACCUCCCGUGAAGUGAGUCUGUUCUGUUUAUUUACUUAUGAUAAUGUUCGUUUAUUUUUAUAUAAAUGAGUUGUUGACCAUAACAAACAUUAAAGAAGUGUAUUUUUAGAAUUGUAUGUGACACGCUUUACAUGUUAGCCCUUUGGUGCUCUUUCUCAUGUUAUGAAAUCCACAGAGCAAAGUCCAUAUCUGUAAUUUUCUCCGUUAAAUUCAAAUGUGGUUUAUGCCAUGAAAUCCCACUUGUUCUUGUUCUAAGAGCAUUUUGCAUUAUUUUAUCUCGUUAUGUAUAUAUAUCUACAGUUAUGUGAAGCAGAUUAGGUUAAAAGACAAUCAACUUUUGUGUGGCUGACCUGGGUUUUGAUCAGUGCGAAAGGCAUUUAUCUGUUGAGUAUGCAAAUUUUGAUGUCAGUCAAUUAAAAAAAUAGUCAUAAUUGUGUUUAAAGGGUACCGGUACAAACCUCAUGUAAGAAAAAAAAAUGGCUGAUAAUAUUAUUGAGCCAUUUGGGGGUUAUAUUUUCACUUCCCCUUUUUUUUUUAGAAUUUGGAUAUAAAUAUAUCAGUCUGCCAAAUUGAACCUAUAUAAUAUAUAUGUGUGGAGAAAAUCGUUUGUUUGCAGGCAAGGAUUCUAUGCUGUUUGAUACUUGGUCAUUGUUGUUUGCUAUUUGUGAGCUAGACUGUGGUUAGUAUUCUUUAUUCUUUCUAUCUUUAAAUGUUGCACAAUAAACAUCUUGAUGACUAAAAGAAUAAUUCAAUCUGUUCUAAAUGUAUUACAUAUGUUAAUACUUUUCAAUAGUAUAAUAUAAUAUCAGAGCACUUGGAGCAUGGCGAGUCUGCAUUUUAGUUUUUCUUUGUUCUAGUAUUUCCUUUUGUGCGGUUUUAUGCCUCAGAUGCACACUGUACACGUACAACAUACAUUCGAUAUAUAUAUUAUGUUGAGUAAUUUUUGUUUGUUGAAUUUACUUACUUAAUUAGCUGCACUCCAGGUUUUUUCAUCUUGCCUUACAUCCUGCUUUCAACCAUGAAGUGCUAUCUGCUUUAUAUGUAAUAAAAAAGAUAAUCCGUGAGAG